AGAGAGAGAGGGAUAGGGGGAGGGGGAGAGGGAGAGGGAGAGGGAGAGGGAGAGGGAGAGGGAGAGGCAGGCCCGCAAAUCCACUUCUGUAACAGUCUCCAGUCGCUUACUACCGCGAUCCCCUGGACAUGGAUGGAAAUUCGAACGAGAAUGAGUCGUUAAUUGCUCGCAUCCAACAGUUGGAGCAUGAGCGUGGAGAAUUACACAAAGAUAUUGAGCAAUUAUGUAUGCAGCAAGCUGGACCUGGCUACCUUGCUGUGGCUACUCGAAUGCAUUUUCAAAGGACAGCUGGUUUGGAGCAGGAGAUUGAGGAUUUGAAAAAAAAGUUAGCCACAUGUACAAGAGAGAAUUUAAAUCUUCAAGAGGAGCUUUCAGAGGCAUACCGCAUUAAAGGUCAGCUGGCAGAUCUACACAGUGCUGAGGUUGCAAAGAACAUGGAAUCUGAGAAGCAGGUUAAAUUUUUCCAAGGCUGUGUAGCCACUGCUUUUGCAGAGCGGGAUCAUUCGAUAAUGGAGGCUGAGAAGGCCAAGGAAAAAGAAGAGUUCAUGUCACAGAGACAUAAUGAAAUCCAAAAAAGGUUGGAAGAUCUGACCUCCGAUUGUUUUCAACAGAAAAGAAUUAAUGAUACAUUGAGUAGUGAUCUGGCGAAACUUGAAGAGCAGAAUGAAGCUUUCAAGAAGGUUAUUGAUAAUUUCUUCAACAUCAGACAUCAUUCUGUUGAGGGAUUGGAAGAUAUCGGUUGGGAUGACAAGUGUGCACGUCUGUUGAGUGACCCAGUCGAUAUGUGGAGUUUUAAUGAUUCUUCGUCCUCUAUGUACAUUAGUUCAUUAGAAGAAGAGCUGGAGAGACUGAGGAACUCUGUGGAUAAUCUUCAAAAUAAACUACGCGUGGGUCUAGAAAUUGAAAAUCACCUGAAGAAGACAGUUCGUGACAUGAAAAAGAAGAAAAUGCUUUCAUACGAACUGAUUAUCAAUGGCAUAGCUGGGUUACGCCUUUUCCAUUCUCAGCAUAGAGCUCAUGUUAUGAAUUUACUCAGCGAGGGCAAAUCUCAUAUUGAGUCAAUUAUUUGUUUGAUGGAGGAAAAGAUUCAGCAAUUAGAUGUGAGGGGAGGACAAAGUUUGGAACCUCAGAGAGUCAGGGAACCUGAUGAGUACGAUUGUCGAGACAUUCACACUAGCACUAAUAUUGACUGUGACUUGGUACCUGAGAUAAAUGAUCCUGGAUUAUCAGAUACCGUUUCUGACAAGAAAGGUAUUGCAGCUGAUGUCCUUACUCAGGCAUUGCAGGAGAAGGUUGCAGCACUUUUACUUCUAUCCCAGCAGGAAGAAAGACAUUUACUGGAGAGAAAUGUAUAUACAGCUCUGCAGGAAAAAGUAGACGAGCUUCAGAGGAACUUGCUGCAAGUUACUAAUGAAAAGGUGAAAGCUCUCAUGGAGUUGGCAUGGUUGAAGCAAGAGUACCAACGACUACACGAGAGCAACAACAGUCAGAUGCAAGGAAAGUUGAUCAAUAUUGUGGAAAAGAGACCAGUUAAUAAUGAAAGUGAUGGAAGGUUGAGAAACCUUUUUAAGAAGACAUAUUUGAGACGCUGGGUUGGUACUCAAGAUUUUAGUGGAAGUGAAGCAGAGCAGCAGCUGAAUAAUGAUGGGAAUUUUUCCAGCAGAAGGUCGAAUAGUAUGGAUUAUGCCAGAAUGAAGAUUGAAAAUGCUACACUAAAGGAAAGCAUGGAAAGUAUGGAGCAUCUGACUAAUUCAAUUCAUAGACUGCGUCUCUCAAUCUUAAAGGUUAAAGAGUCAGUUACUUCUGAAGGAACAUUUACUAACGUGCCAGAAGUAAUAGACGAUAUAAUUACCGAGGCAAAACUUCUGAAAACUGCCUUGGGCAGCUCCUUACCGAUUAGUUGGUCUGCGGAGGUUGGUAUAUCAACUAGUGAAAGUAAAAGCAAUGAACUAGGUGAUGAUUGUGAGAACCCCAGUAGGGAGAAAAUAGAUUUUGUUUCUGCUGCAGGAUUCGAGAUGGUGGAGCUCGUCGUUCUUGCAGCUCAGAUACUAAGGGACAAAACAACGUCGAAGGGUUCUUGACAAUGAAUCUGAUCUAUUUCUUGUAUGUUUAAUAUCAUUUCUGAGAAUACCUCUGUUGACAAGCGGAGUUGGAGCUUUGUGUAGAUAGUUGGCAUGAUGAGUGGGUUAUGAGGGGAUAAUUAUGCAUUCUGGUGGGCGAUGUGUGGAGGAAAUGAAAAACAUAUUCUUUAUGAGAGUACUCGAGUAGUUGUGUGAACAUAUCAAUCCAUGCGAUAGUUUGUGAUCAGGUGUUUAGAAUAUGCUGUUGGAGCUGGCCCCGAGUGUGUAUAUUCAAGGAUAAAUAUCUUCUUUUCUUGUAUAAUUCCCGGGACGCAAGCUCUAUGAUGUAUAUUUUAUUUAUACAUUGUAAUGCAACAUAGCAUUGUGAAGUUGGUUUUUAGAAUUUGUUUUUGGAGCUGGCUCCAGGUGUGUA